AAUGCGGGUUAUACUUAUCGAGUAUCACAUACUAUGCAGUUAUCGUGGUGAAACGGACUACGCUACUUCGUUUUUGAAAAGAAGCCCGGAACUGAAGAGAAACUCGAUAACUGUUACAAUAUAAUAUAAUUAUAACUGUCAUCGGAUGAAAUAAGUCAGAAUAAAUAGCUGCGAUCUGAAGUUUUAAAGUUUUAGAAUGAGAUCGGCUGUGAAAUGGAAUGCUGAAACUGCAUACGUUUUAACGCUUUAUAAAUAUUUUCUCGGAAUACUUGGACUUUGGGUACUAGAUGAGGAAAAUAUAUUUUCAAGAAUUAGAUGGCUUAUGUCGACGAUAAUAGAACUGAGUGCAACGAUCAGCUUGUCAUUGGAAGUUAUCCGUCAUUGUCGUGGUCAUGAGGACGCAUUCGAUGCUUUUCUAUCGAUGUCCACAUCAGUAACUAGUAUAGCAAAACUAAUCUUGCAUCGUGUGAAUUGGAGACACAAAUUAAUUUUGGUGGAAUCUAUUAUCAAUGAUUGGACUUUCGUGGAAAAUCCUUAUUCGCGCGAUAUUAUGCUGAAAUACGCGCGCAUUGGUAGACUGGGUUCCGUGGUAUUCUUUUAUUUUGGAUGUGCUUCUUGCAUGUUUCUCUUCUCGCCCUUUAUAUUCGCCAAUUUUAAUCUGUUCUGGACCUCUGAAGUACAGAUUUACAAUAAAACGAGCGAGAGGAGAUUGCUUUUAGCAGCUUAUUGCGUCUUCGGGAGUUAUACAGUUUUUGCCUACUGCUUUAUUGAAGUGCUGCAGACAUUACAAAUUCUUGUCAACUGUAUCUCGCAGUGUGGAAACGAUGGAUUCUUUUUCAAUCUCACGAUGCACGUGUGCGGACAGUUCGAAGUUCUCAGGGUGGACUUCUCUCGAAUGGACAGCAAGGAAUUGCAUAGUCGCAACAGGCUUGGUGUCUUGUUGAAGAGACAUCAUCGUCUCAUAUAUUUGUCGCAUCAUCUGCAAAAAGCAUUCAGUUUUGUCAUCUUAUCACAACUUCUAAUGAGUGUUAUUCUAUUAUGCGUCGAAGGCUUUCAAUUAAUCCUCACACUUUCCAUGCACAAUACAUACGCUGCCAUGAAACAUCUUCUUUUCAUCGCCGUUCUGCUGAUACAACUUUUUCUCUACUGUUUCGCCGGACAGACGUUGGAAUUCCAAUCGCAAGGAUUAGCUUCGGCGAUUUACAACUCAUCGUGGUAUAGUUUUGACGUGAGCGUGAUCAAAAGUUUAUCGUUAAUGAUCCUUCGAGCAGCUCAUCCUCAUCAGUUGUCCGCAGGAAAAUUUCUAGCAAUAAAUUUCAGGAGUUUUAAGGAAAUUCUGAAGGCUUCCGCCUCAUAUUUAUCCGUAUUAAGAGUAAUGAUAGAAACGUGAUCGGAAAUGCUUUUAGGAAAGAAGAUAUUUUUAUUUUUUAUUACGUAAUUUUACUUUAAUUAUAUAUUAAUAAGCAAAAUAA